AUGGUAUUUAAAGAAGAAGAAGAAGCUUAUGAAUUUUAUAAUAGAUAUGGGGGACAUGUGGGAUUUAGUGUGCGGAAAGCUAAUAGCCUACGAUGCCCUAAGACUCCGGAAGUGAGGUUUAGAAAGUUUUGUUGUUGUAGAGAAGGAAAACAUGUUGAGGAUAAACAUAGGACCAAUGUCAAGCAACAUCGAGCAGAGACAAGAUGUGGUUAUAUGUCAAAUAUGAAAAUUAGUCGUUGCAAAAAUGGUUGCUAUUAUGUGAUUGCCUUUAAUGAGACUCAUAAUCACAUAAUUGCAACUCCCAAGAAGAAGCACAUGUUGAGAUCACAAAGAAAAAUGACUGAGCCACAAACAACUCAAGUUAGAAAUGCAGAUGAUUCGAGAAUAAAUCCAAAAGCAUCAAUUGAAUUGAUGGUCACAGAAGCUGGUGGUCGUGAAAAUAUUGAGUUUCAGUUCUAUAGAUUUAAAGAAUUACUUAUGAUGAAGAGUGAUUUGGCGUGA